UACUGGGGUGUCGUGGGGCCCUGGGCUGUACCUGCGUAAGCGUUUCGGGGGGGUCACCGGUGUUUAUUUGGGCGAGGCGAUGCCCAGCCGGUAAUGAUUAACCCUGGGCUGAGCAGAGGACGAGGCCCCUCCUGCACCAGGGGACUCCGUGCCCACCCCGUGCCCCCCACCAGGCUCUGGAGCCCGUGGCUCAUCCCAGGCAGAUGCUGCUCCCACCCCUUCCCCGGGAUGCCCGGCUACCUUCGCGCCCCGUGCCCCCGCCCGCGGCUCUCUGCCCGUGGCACCGGGACGCUGCCGGCGGCGCCUCCCCGAGCCAGGGAGGCGCGACAGACCCAGCUUGGGGGGGCUGAUGCCGCGGGGGCCCCGUGGGCACGGUGGCACCCCUGUGCCAAGCGGGGCAGAACGACCCCCCCUGCCCGCAGCCGGGCGGGGCGGGGCCGCCCCACCUGCCCCAGGUGCUCCAUAAAGCUCCGGCCGCUGCCGCGCUGCCAGUUCCGGAUCCCUGCUGGACCGAGGCGUGUGCCAGCCACCGGCUAACGGGAGAGCAGCCGCUGCUGAGCCCCAGGAGGCGCCGGGACCCCCGGACAAGCCCCACAUGGCGUUCCCCGUCUUGCUGCUGCUGCUGGUGGUGGGCACAGGUACCCGUGCCACGACCACCGAGACAACCAUGGAGAUGGAAACUACCGAAACGACCACCGUGGAGAUGACCACGGAAACCACCAGCACCACCUGGCUGCCAAAUAUAUACCCCAAAAGCACACGGGGCAGCCGGCCCCAAACCUCCGUCAUCCCCUAUGCCACUGCAUUCCCUGGCACAAACACCACGAACUUCCAGUUUGGCAACCGCUCCAUGUCCAACGGCACCGUGGUGCCCGUCCACAGCAGCCCAGCCAUCCCCCAUGCCAAUGCCACCUCCAACAGCAGCAGCUGGGUGCCCCACUUUGGCACCAACGGCAGCUCUGCCACCCCCACCACCACGCACUUUGGCAGCGCCAAAGGCAACGGCAGCACCAGCGCUCAGGUCUUUCCCACCCAGAUAACGUCCGAGGGCAGCACGGCUCCUGGGCAGACCCCCACCCGGGGUGGUCCCAACCCCAGCAAAACCCCAGCUGGCAUCCAGCUGCUUGUCCGUGUCCCGCUGUCCUUCCGCAUCAUCAACAGGAGCUUCAACGAGAGCCUGCGAGACCCGGCAUCGGAGGAGUACAGGAGCCUGAGCCGCACUGUCCUGGCCAUGUUCGAACACGUCUUCGGCUGCACGGGCUGCAUGGGCACGCAGACCUACACCGGGUGCAGCGAGCUGCGCUACAGCCAAGGCUCGGUGGAGGUCCAGUCCACCCUCGUGUUUGGGAACGGAAGCGAUGCCGUCACUCCCGACGCUGCCGAGCAGCGCCUGAGGAAGAGCCUGGACCAGAAUGGCUUCAUCAUGGGCCUGCAGCUGGACAGCAUCCAGAGCUCCGCAGCAGUGACGUCCCCAGCUCCAGCGCCCGUGAUCCCGGACUGGGCCAUUGCUCUGUUGGUCCUGGUCAGCAUCCUGCUGCUGUUCACCAUGUUCACCUGCCUCCUGCUGAUGUCCACGUGCACCUGCCGCCGGAAAAGCCGCGGGAAGCUGGACCUGCUGAGCCAGAAGGACUCCUACCACCCCAUGGCCGAAUACCUGCAGUACCAGAGCCACGGGCGCUACGUGUCCCCCAGCAGCAAACCCAACCCCUACAGCCAGGUGAGAGCGCGGGGCUCCCCGGAGGGCAGGGCAGGUGACAGACAGAGAUGGCAGGGCAGGACACGGGUGUGCGGGGACACAGCCUCAGGAUACGUCAGGGAAGUGGCCGUGGAGAGGGUGCAGGUCUUCCUGUGCUGCCUCAGCCAAAUCCUGACACCCCCCCUCAUCUUUCCUGCCCCGAAGGUGGCCGGCGGCAGCACCACGAGGGCCGGCACCUUCACCUACACCAACCCCGCCGCCGGCUCCGACAACCUCUGA